CAAUCACAGACUAAAUGAAAAAACAGGUUAAAAGUACUGAUUUUGAUGCUGUAAUAUAGAAACUCAAUAUUCAUUGCAAAACUAAUAUAGAUGAUUGUAUUUAUUUAAAUUUUAGUUCUUAUAGAUUUAGAUCCAUUAUAAAAAAUAAAAAAUUCCUCUCCCAUGAUUUUCGGUGAUUAUUGCAACUCUAAUAUGCCAAUUCAAUUAUAACUAUCUCCAAUUGAUACGAAUCAAAAAAGUUAUAUAUCAUUACUAUCGGACAAUAUUGAGUUUUCGGUUAAAGAUAAAAAAUAAGGCAAUAACUCAUAUUAAUCAUUUGAGCAGCCUUAAUUAAGAAUUCCUGAUAGCAUUAAAUGUUUUGUUUAUAAAGAAAAAAUAGUUAACGAAGAAUAAAGUAUUCUAAAUAAAAGAUUGAAAGAAAUUAGACAUAUUUAUGUGAAAAAGCUGGAAUAGUUAGAUGAAUGUAAAAGUUAUUUAAUAAAAAAUAGAAUAUCUUCAUUAAAGAUUAUAAAUUUUAGAGUAAUUUGAAUAGCAUUUGAGUUAGAAAAGCCCAAAGAAGAUGAAGGAAUAACCUUUGAAGAGUGCUUUAAAAAAGAAGGAUUCAGCAUGUUCUUCUCGUUAUUACACUUAAAAUAUAAAUGAUUCAUAAGAAGAUGAUUGGAAGUUCAUUCGUGAUGCUCAAAAUAUUCUAAAGAAAUAGAAAUCAUCAUAUGAUGAAGAAUUUAUCACUCCAUCUAAAGUUAGAUUUGUAAGAUUAUCAUUUAAUUCAUUUAGUAGAAGAAAUCAAAGAAAUCUUAACUAAAAGAUGAUUCAUUUUAAGUAUUAUAAUUUAGAAAUUGAUAAAGUAAUCGUUUUAUUAUUUAAUAUAAUGAAUAUAUUAAAAGUAUUAUUGCUUGUUUUUUUGAUAUUCACAGUAGUAACAGCCCAGUAAUUGAGAGGAAACAAUGAUUAAACUGAUACAUCAUAAGAAGUGAAAAAAUGUUCAUGUGGAUCAGGAAAAACUACAACAAGUGGAUAAGGUUAGAACAAAGUUUCAUUGCUUCAAUAUUAAGAGGCUUUAAAGAAGUUACGUGAAGGAAUCUAAGAGGCUUCAUCUGAUUUUUAGGCAAAAGAUAUAUGA